ACGUACGUGGCACUAGAGGGUAGACUAAAAGGCAAAUUUUGUUAUUAUCAACGUUGACAGAUACGUGUAAAAUAAUAAUUUAAUUUAAAAAUAUCAAAAUGAUAUUGUUAUUUAAUUUAGUAUUGUUAUUAUGUGGUGUUUACAGUGCACAUGCUUAUACUGUAACUGUAGAUGCACAUGCAGAAGAAUGUUUUUUUGAAAAAAUAGAAAAAGAUGCCAAGAUGGGAGUAACGUUUGAAGUUGCAGAAGGUGGAUUUUUAGAUAUUGAUGUUAAAAUUGUUGGACCAGAUGGGAAUGUUAUCCAUGAAGGUGAACAAGAAGGAAGUGGAAAAUACACAUUUGCUGCUAACGUUGAAGGACGUUAUACUUACUGUUUUAGCAAUAAAAAAAGUACAAUGACACCUAAAGAUGUUAUGUUUAACAUUGAUAUUCACCAGCCUGCCAAAAAUAAGGAUGAAAACCUUCCAACUGACGAAGAAACUGUUAAUCAUCGUAAAUUAGAUGAUAUGAUUACUGACUUAGGCAAUAGUUUACGUGACGUUAAGAAUGAGCAAGAGUAUAUGCUGGUACGUGAUCGUAAUCACCGAGCUAUCAACGAAAGUACCAAUUUCCGUGUGGUAUUAUGGUCAAUUUUCGAAGCAUCUGUAUUAGCUGCUAUGACUGUCGGUCAAAUAUUUUAUCUUAAACGAUUCUUUGAAGUGAGAAGGGUUGUAUAAUAAAUUAAAAAAAUUUUUGUAUAAACACCAAAUAACUAUUAUAAUAUAAUAUCACGAUAAAAUUGCAAAUUUCUAAUUAAAUGAUUUAUAAAUUUGUGA